AUGCGACCCAAGAAGCUUAAACCCAUAACGGCAGCUGCGAGAACUGCGACGGGUUUCCGCUGUGGUGUCCGCUCCAAUGUUUUAAGUGUGGUAUUCUCUUAUAUUUUUGGAGUAGUGUCUCCUUUGUUCUCUCAGUUCCUGUUGUUUGUUCCGAUGGCUACCAUUCCAUGGAAAUUGACGAUAUAUACAGAACGUCCAGAAGCAUUGCUGGGAUAUGGCUCACUCUACUUACUGCCUGUUACCAUUUUCUCACUCUCUCAGUACAAGGUACCACUAAGUCUUGCCCUUCGGAGCCUUGCAAUAAGGGCAGGGCAAAACAAGCAGGCCAAGAUUACUCUGCAUUUUUAUGACAUUGAAGAACCGCAGCAAGACGACCACUCAGAUGCUGCAAAUAUUACAAGGCGACUGCUUGGUCUUUUUUCGGACAGUAGAGAGCUUGUUGUCACUGGCAAUGAAGAGGCAGAGAGAGCUCUUUCAGAUCUUUCGAAUGAGUUCUCCAAAGCGAUUUCUAACAAGAAUUUGAAGGUCGCAAAAAAAAUACUCUCCGAGAUCUUGUAA